AUGAUGAACAACAUGUCUGAAUCUCUUCGUGGUUACCUAAUGUUAAUGCCAAUAUUUAUAUUUGAUAGAUCAUUUUUGUCAGAGACAAUGCCUGUCGCAAUGCCUAUGCGUCUUGAUCGAUCAGACUUAUUAUACAUUAAUUAUGAAUUAUCUGCAUUAAAUAAAGAAGAAAGUGAAGCACAAAAUAAAACGAUUGAUAAUAUAGAUGAUUCAACAAUGAAUAUCAAUGUUAAUUAUGAUGACGAUAUUAGUAGUCAAGGAACAAUGGAUUCAAUAGCAGCUACUAGAGGGUAUUUAUUUGACAUAAAUGAGUUUGAUAAACAUGAGCGAGUCGAAAAAUGGCUUGAUGAAUGCAAUGAUGAUAUGGGAAUGACUGGUACUGGUACAUGGACAGGUGUUAAUGAAUUAGAUCCAUCAUCAAAUACAAAUGGGCCAAAUGUUGAUGUUCAUCUAGCUCUUCAUUUAACUAAUCUUUUACCGAUUGAUAUUGAAUGUUCAAUUGAUAAUGUCGAAAAAAAUUAUUUAAAACCAAAUCAAUUAAAUCUAAUUACAUCUGGAAAUAAGUAUUCCACAUUAGUCUUCACGAUUCCAUAUUAUGAUAAUAUUAAAUGGAUAUCAGAACCGAUCGAUUUAAAAGUGGAAGGAAAAGGUGACUAUAAUGAACGUCUUGUUAUUCUUCAUGGCUCUGCUUCUGCGAAUUCUCAAAAAAUAUUGAGAAUGGUUUUACGUGUUGAUACAUUCCAUGAAUCAUAUGAUUUGUUAUUAUAUUCACCAUUUUGGAUUCUGAAUCGUACAGAGUUACAACUAGAAUUUCAAAUUGAAAAUAGUCGUACAUGUGUGCAAGUUACUGAGAUACCGUUUUUAGUUUGUCCAGAAAAAUUUGAAAGUGAAGCAAGUAACAAGACACAAGGACAACUUCGACUCUAUGGUAUUGGACAAGAAGAUAAUACAACACUUUGGUCAGAAAAUUUUUCGCUUGAUGUUAUUAAAAGUACUGGUAUGGCAUUUUGUAGAGUACCAAAUGGUCGAACAUACAUGGUGUGCGUAUACAUUGAAACAUCUUCAUUUGGUUUAACAAAAAUUGUUACAUUUUCACCACCAAUAGUUAUUAUUAAUAAACUAGCUAUUGGCAUUGAAGUUAUAGAAACGGUACCAGAUAAAGAACAAGAUGAAUGGAUAUCAGUUAAUUAUGAACAAAUAAUUCCAUUUUGGCCACAAUAUGUAAAAUAUGGUUUAAUGCGUGUUCGUUAUACACAUAAUCGUGUAGCAACAUCAAGUCCAUUUACAAUACAUCAAAAAAAUCGAACACUUUUACGCAUGAAUGAUGAAAAGCAUCCGACGAUUCUUGUUGAAAUAUCAGUAACGGAUCGUGAUGGUGUAAAAGUUAUUUUUAAUGAUUAUAAUAUUGAUGAUGCAUCUCGUCUUGUUAAUCGUUCGAAAGAUGAUCUAAUUUCAUUUUCUCAAGUUAAUGACGUUUAA